AUGCCGAACCGAACAGCCCCAAGCAUAUCGAGCACAACCCGCGUCGCAAGAUCAUUACGACCAAACAGAUCCACUCCCUCAAGAGCGCUCUCGACAAAGUCCACCACAACCACCAGCAAGACUCCUCCACAACCAACCACAUACCAACUCCCCAUACGCUCCCAACUCCACGCCGCAGCAGCGACCUCCCAAGCCGCCAGCAACGCCUCCCAAUUCCAAAACACCCAACCCCUCGUCCCGCCCACCGAGCUCCAGACACUAAACUCAUCCCAAUUCUUUGCCGAACACACCAAACGACCACCACCUACUAAAGACAUCCGCAUCCCCCCCAAAACCAGCGACCUCCUCCGCCUGCCCUUCCACAUGCCCAACGUCUCCCAAGGCGACAUCCUGCGCCUCAACCGCGCCUCCAUCCUCGGCUCGCGCGACUUCACGCUCAAAGCCGGCACGCGCCAUUCCGAGUCCUACGACCAGCGACGGACCGGCGAGCCAAACUAUUUGGACGAGAGACUAUUCGAGUGUCGGGCGCGGGUGAUGGGGGUGGAGAGCCAGCCGAUGACGGUCAAGGUGAAGAAGCUGGAGAAUAAUCGGAAGGCGAGGAGUGUGAAGAGCAAGCAUCGGUAUACGGUGUUGCGGGUGAUGGAGGUGAGGGUGAAGAGUUUGGAGGAGGUGAUGCGGGCGGAUGAUGGGGUGCAGCUUGUUCUUGAGUAG